AUGUCUACGGUACCCACUCAAGAUAGCAAAUGCAGUUUCGCUCCAACAGCGUCGUCGGGAAUCAAGCAUGCCCAAACCUUGAUGCAUUUCAACGAAAACAUCUUCAAGAGGAACGUCUUGACCGACGUCGAAUGCGUCGUCGAUGGGCAAGUGUUCAGGGCUCACAGGGCUGUUCUCAUUUGCUUCAGUCCCUAUCUCAAGAGAAAACUAGUCAGCGUGGAUGGCAAGCCGAUUUCAACGCAGGUAAAAAUUCCAAGAAUCGGGCCUCGGGAAUUCGAAUUGUUACUUCGAUACAUGUACACUGGCGCUUUCAAUGUCGGUUGUCACAAUUUCUAUGAAGUGUACAAAGCAGCAUCAAUUUUAGAAAUGCAAAACACCAAGCAAGAAUGUCUUCAGAUGCUGGACUCUGUGGACGAAAUCCGCUCCUACUUCUACGUGUUUGUGAUGUCCAAGAAGAUGGACAUCACUCACAACUGGACACGCGCCCUUCGCCUCAUCACUCACCGGUUCGAGGAGGCUGCCUUCACUCCCGAGUUCAUGGACCUGGAGGUCCACCAUGUCCUGGAGAUACUUUCUGCGGAAAACAUCGGCGCUCGCAGCGAGGUGAUUGUCCUCCUGGCUGCUCUAAACUGGUUGAAUAAGGACUACCCAAUCAGAAGGAUUCAUGCUGUCCGUGUGAUGGAAUGCGUCCGCUUCAGCACCAUGUCCGCAGAAGAGGUGGUCGCCUGCUACCACCCCCCUUUCCUGACUUCCGUCAUGCAGAUACCGGAAAUCACCUUGCAGCUCUUUCGAGCCACGUGCUAUAUCACAGCCAAAUCAUUGGGACAAGAAGCCUGGUUCAAGCUCUACGCAAGCCCCAAAAGGAAUUUGGCCUUUGAAAAUCUGCCGAUGCUACUGUGGAAUACAAAGCCCUCAUCACCGAAAAACUCUUUACUCCUAUUUAAUUCCCAUUCGAACACAAAUCUGCUUUUGAAGAUGGUGUCAAGUCAAGAAAGGAUGCGGCAUAGUGAAUGUAAGGGCAACGCUCAACCAAGUGGCCUCAAGGGAAGAAUAAAAGUCUAA